GAUACAAGUCAACGAUGGCGAAACUACCAUGCCCAAUAACUACGACUCUCUCCCACUUCUUACACACGUCCCGUUUUAUAAAGGCAACAGGAAAGACAUAAGGUCAUUUUAGUAAUAAUAGUCAAAAUCAUGCCCAUUUUUCUUACCGCACUACUUCACACACACUUUUUCUAUCACCUUUACUACUUGUGAAAACAGUUCUAACCAAAAUAAAGCAACAGUGGUGCUGAUAACCAUCUUCAUCUCCCUCAAUUCUCAACUGCAUCAAAUACUUGUACGUAUACGUUAUUCGUAUUGUACAUUUAUAUAUAGCUGUGUAAAUCCGUUGCAUGUGAAUAUCAGUUAAUCAGAAAUGGGCAUAUGUUUAUCACGGAGUAGUUCCGGUUCAGUGAAGAAGCGGCAAUCCAAACGUUUAACGAAUCAAUCGGCGGCGGCCGCCGUGAAUGGCGGCGGAUUCGCUGGGAGUAACAGGUGGUACAGGAAUCGAUCGUCGUCUAAGAGAGAUGAUUCUGUAAUUCAGGAGCGAGCUCUUGCUGCCGCGAUUCUCUUUCAGCAGCAAAUGCAGAACGGCGGCGGAGGUGGUGGUGGUCCUUUUGAUCGUUCAUCUUCGCUUCGGUAUCCGAAUUCUAAUUCUAAGAAGAAUCAAUCGUUGCCGCGUUGCUCUAGCUCUAGAGCUCGUUCUCUUACUGAUCCUCUUCUUCAACCUCACCAGCUUGUGAACCAGGAAGUGAGCGUUGAUGAUUUAGAGACGAACCAUUUCGUCCUCGUUCAUGGUGGUGGAUUUGGGGCCUGGUGUUGGUAUAAAACCAUUGCACUCUUAGAAGAAGCUGGAUUUAAAGUUACUGCAGUUGAUUUAACUGGUUCAGGCAUUCAUUCUUUUGACACAAAUAAUAUCGCAAGCCUAUCUCAAUAUGUACAGCCGCUCACUGAUUUUCUUGAAAAGCUUGCUGAUGGAGAGAAGGUGAUUUUGGUGGGACAUGAUUUUGGCGGUGCAUGUAUAUCUUUUGCAAUGGAGCUGCAUCCCUUUAGAGUUUCGAAAGCGGUAUUUGUUUCUGCUGCAAUGCUAACAAGUGGACAAAGUGCCCUUGAUAUUUUCUCACAAAAGACAGAUUCAAAUGACCUUAUGAGACAGUCUCAAAUAUUUAUUUAUGCCAACGGGAAUGACAAACCUCCAACCGCUAUUGAUUUGGACAAAUCGCUCCUCAGGGACUUGUUAUUCAACCAUAGUCCUGCUAAGGAUGUUGCAUUAGCAUCUGUCUCAAUGAGGUCGAUUCCCUUUUCCCCAGUUUUGGAGAAGCUUUGUCUAUCCGACUCCAAGUAUGGUUCUGUUAGGCGGUUUUAUAUAGAAACAGCAGAAGAUAAUGCAAUACCAAUAGCCUUACAGCAAAACAUAAUUAGCAAUAAUCCUCCAGAACGAGUUUUUCAUCUUAAGGGCGCUGAUCACUCGCCUUUUUUCUCCAAGCCUCAAGGCCUACAUAAGAUAUUAGUAGAGAUCUCCAGGAUUCCAUCAACUUGAAGUAGCUGUACCGUAUUUCUUAUAUUAUUAGAAAAGUAGAAAAGUCACACCAACAUGUUCCAGGCACAAAUAUAGCUAAGUUAUUGUUGUCUAAAUUAACCAUAUGUGGAAUGUUCAAAGUAACUAUUGUUGUCUAUAUUCCAUUUACCUUACUUGUGGUAGAGAGAAUUUCCUUGUGGAAGUGACCCAGGAAAAGGAAUGCUUUAAGAUUUGAUGUCAGAAUGAAAAUAUAAUAGAUAUAAACUUAUUCUUUUAACUCUCACUGGGUUUUUUUCACUGGUGAAGCUUAAGAUAUGCUCGGGUACAGACAUUUUAAGUCAACUAUUUCAAGUGUGAAUUACCAUUGCCCGUUUGGCGUUUGGUCAUGAAA